ACCCUCCGUAGGGCUACCCCCGCGCCACUACUACUCCCGCCAUUUCGUCGCCGAUCCACUGAGAAGGUCUGAACGGGACCUCACCACUUCCGAACAGCAGCCGCUCUUCCCAAUGCCGACGCGGAGGGAGAUAUUGAGGAUGCUACGUCACAGCAAGCCUGGCGUGCUGGUGUUCUGGUCGCCAUUUCACGACCCCCGGGUGCACGAGAAUGCCCCGGCUGGUGUUCACGUGACCACCGUUCGUGCCCUGGAUGAGUCUGCCCCGGGCAAACCCGUAGCCUACAGUCUUCUGGACGUAAAGGACUCCAACCACUUCCACCUGAACCACGUGACCGGAAACCUGACCACGGCGCGGCCAAUCACCAGGAAGGUCGGCGACAAGUACGUGGUGAUCGUGGCCGCCGUGAGUCAAGGGGUGACGGAGGUGAAGACGAUGCAGAUCGAGGUGACAGUGCCGAACCAGUACCCGCCUCGGUUCGAGCACCCGGUGUACCGCGCCGAGGUGCAUCAGACCCGUACCCGGCCCGGGUACAGGGUACUGCAGGUUCGCGCCCACGACCCGGACCCGGUGCCGUACAACGCCGAGGUCUAUUACCGCCUCGAUGCCGGACCAGAGUCCACGAGGGCGCUCAGGUACGUCGCCCUCGAUGGCAUCACGGGCGAAGUGAUGCUGAACCGCAGCCUGUCGGAUGUCGGGGACUCCACGAUUGCAUUCACCGUCGUCGCCGAAGACGGCGGUUCGCCCAUGAAGCAGGACCGAGCGCGCGUGGAAAUCCUAGUCAAGACCAUCUCCGAUCCCCAGAACACCCGGGCCGUCGUGUUGAACGAAACCAGCGUUCGCAUCUGUUGGCAGCGACCUCUGUACGGCAACGUGUCCGGCUACGUGGUCAAGUACAGGGCAGCGUUGGAGAACGUCACCUCGUACGUCAACGUCACGACAGGAGCCGUCGACAAGUGCGUUCCGGUGCACGGACUCCGGCCCUGGACCGACUAUGAGUACCGCGUGUACGCCUGGAACGGUAAAGAAGAGGGCAUCGGCAGCCCUGUCGACAGAUUCGUCACCCGCAUCGACUACUGCGUCAUGAACGUCUGCAAGCACGGCGCCUGCGAGGCCACGGAUGCAUUGCCCGGCUACCGUUGCCUGUGCGACCCGGGCUUCUAUGGAGAUGCCUGCGAGCACUUCGACCCGUGCUCCGAGAACCCCUGCAAGACGUUCGGCACCUGCGUCAACACCAGCCACGGCGAGUACCGCUGCGACUGCUUCACAGGUUUCUCCGGUCGCAACUGCUCCGACUUCAAUCCGUGCCUGCUGAAGCCUUCCGCUUGCCUCCACGGUGGGGUGUGCCAGUCGAACGCGUCGCACAUGUUCACUUGCCACUGCGUGGACGGCUACUACGGCAAGACGUGCCACCAGUUCGAUCCUUGCUUCUCGUCUCCCUGCUUACACGGCGCCCGCUGCCUGAACGAGUCGGAUGUGAAGUUCAGCUGCCAGUGCAUUCCGGGAUAUGCGGGAGAGCUGUGUGAGGAGAAUAUCAACGAGUGCCUCUCAAGCCCAUGCAAGAACCGCGGCGAAUGCGAGGAUGGGAUAAACAGCUUUACCUGCCACUGUCCUCCUGGCUACGCUGGUCCGUUGUGCGAGCUUAGAGACACGUGCCCGGACGAAGUGCAGCAAACGGACAAGGGCCCCUUCCACUGGCAGCCCACAGCUCACGGCUCGGUGGCGAAGGUCGAGUGUCCCUACGGAGCCUACAACCCGGCUAGCGAGUACAAGUACGCGCGAAGGAAGUGCCGCCUUUUGGCGGACGGGCAGACCAGCUGGAUGAAGGUCUCGGCUCAGCACUGCCGAUACAAGAGCUUCCAGGCGGCUGAGAAUAUCACUUCCGAGCUGGAAUUUCUGACGCACGACCCUAGGAGCAUCCGACCGGAUCAGCUACAGGGCUUCGCUGAAAAGAUCGAGCCUGUCGUCGACUACGCAGUCAAGGACAUUAAGAUUGCUCAAGCCAUGAUUCACGUGAUCAGCAAUUUCCUCGCCCUGAACGACAGCGUCAUCAAGGAGGGAGAUGCUGAUGGGAUUGCUGUCGAAAAGCUGAUCUCAGUGGUGGAGAGGUUCACGUCCGAGGUGGUUCUCGACUCGGGAGCUCUCAUCAUCGAGAAUGAGAACCUGGUCGUCAAGGCGGUCGCGUGGUCGCCUAAGCUUCUCUCUCAGGGCCGGGACUUCCUCACCUUCUCACUGCGCUCCAAUGGAGACCACUACCUGCACGAGGACUUCUCGGGGGACGCCGAGGAACAGGACGGCGGCGACAACAUUGUGAUCACCAUUCCGUUCGAGGCACUGUCGAUGGCGAUCAACAGCUCUCGACUCGCUGCUGGAGAACCCUACCGGCCCGUGCACGAAGUGGAGAAAGGGCCACGGAUAUCGUUCGUAUCCUAUCGAAACGACAAGUUUUUCCGACCGGCUCGGCCAAACGACAAGUCCCUGGUCAGCGCAGGGCAAGUGGUCCUGUCUGCGAAGAUUGGUGACAGCAAAAUCGAAAACCUCACGGAUCGAUUGGUAUAUUCCUACCCCACCUACAGUGCUGCAAGCUACAGCUGUGCUUUCUGGGAUGGACAUCGAAAGGAGUGGUCCACUGCCGGCAUUACGACCAAUAGGUCGGGAAACGUAACUGUGUGCAGCUCAAGUCACAUGACUGCAUUCUCCCUGCUGCUGGAUCCUUUGCCAGGGAUGGCCAUGGCACCGCACCACUACCGCGUUCUCUCGCUCAUAUCCUACGUCGGCUGCAUCAUGUCCGUCGUCGGCUUGUUCUUCACCAUAGUGACUUACGCUAUUUUCAGGUGCCUGAACAAGGAUCGCUCGGGCAAGAUCCUUCUCAACCUAUGCUCCGCCAUGUUGCUACUGAACCUGUCAUUCCUUCUGGGUUCGCUACAUGAGCGGUUCCCGAGGCUCGAGCUAUGCAUGGGUGCGGCCGUGGCCACGCAUUACUUCCUGAUCGCCUGUCUCGCCUGGAUGGGUGUAGAGGCGGCCAACAUGCAUCAGAUGUUGGUGCACGUGUUCGCCACGUCCGAGACGUGUUUCAUGCUCAAGCGUGUCCUCAUAGCAUGGGGCAUUCCAGCUGCGAUUGUUGGAACGUGCCUUUUCAUAGACCUGGAGCCGUACAGGAGUCAAGAUGACUACUGCGUGUUAUCAUCGAGAAACCCGUGGAUCUACUACGUCGCAUUCCUCGGCAUCUCUUCCUGCAUCCUCUUCGUCAACUUGAUCGUCUUCAUCAUGGUCACAAGAGUGCUCUUCAAACCGCGAAUGACAGGAGCCGCCACCUCGAAGUCCACCAACCAAAACUCGACAUCCGCUUCCAGUUCCGGUGCUACCAACAACCCUCUACCGAUCACCGCGGCCCAAGUUCGCGGCGCCUUCACUGUCAUGACUCUGCUCGGCAUCACGUGGAUCUUCGGCAUCUUCGCCGUGGGCGAAGCCCGGACCGUGUUCCAGUACGUCUUCUGCGUGUGCAACUCGAUGCAGGGCUUCCUCAUCUUCGUCGUGAGGGUGCUCCAGUAUCCGGAGGCCCGCGCAGCCUGGUCUCAGCUCGCCACCACGGGGACCUUCAAGAAGCACCGCGGAGUGCCCGCGGGCUCCUGGAGCGCAAACUCGAAUCCCAGCAAGCGCAACGGCCACUCCUCCAUGGUGCGGGUCACGUCCACCAGCACGGAUAGCACGAGCACCGUGGUGUUCAACAGCAAUAUGUGGAACAAGGCGGAGAACGGUGGGCCCGCCACUUCCAAGACCGACAGGCUACCGCGCUUCUCUAGCGUCGGAAGCCUGCUCAAGAACUGCAACGUGCAGAGGGACGACAAGCUGACCAACGCUGGGACACUGUCCAGGAAACAGAAGUCCAAGGUGAUCACUGAAGAGCCGGACGUCAAGGAGAACCGCAAGGAAUUCUAUUCCGGUGACGACCAAGUCGCAGCGGUAGUCCCGAGCCUCUACACUGGCCAAGAGCAACACAUCAUGAAGAGCAGCAGCCUGAACGUGUCUUCUGAUCCGCUCAACUACAUCGACCAAGGCUCACACAGUGCAGCUAAUACGCUCACUUUCGCGACCAGCCAAAAGGCACACAUCCUUUUCGCCUACGCCGGCGCUGAAACGACACCCAUACGGAUCAACGGCGUCGUACACUCACCAGAAGAGAAGCCGAGGCUCGAGUCCUUCAGCACGUUCCAGAGGCCCUCGCCAGUCCCGAGCGCGCCUCAGAUUCCGGAGCUGCCCCAAACCAGGAGUUGUACCGCGGCAGAACAAAGCGUCAUUGCCGCUUCUGAGAACACUUUGAUGCGGAAGUCGCUAAAGACGUCAUCUGGCGAAGAAACAUCAUUUCCGGUUACAGAUGGAGGUGUCACUACAGUCGUAUCUUGAUGAACUAGCCCCGACGACCACUCGUUGCAUGUGUACUGGCAUUUCUUGAGGACCUAAGUCGGCGACAGACUAAAGGACAGAGUGCCUUCUAGACCUAAACACACCAACGGUAGGCGCGGAGCUCCGUAUUCUAGAAAUGUGUGCUGUCCGCAGCCUUUUCCACCAGCUGCGACCACUGCUAAAGACAGUGUCUUGAAACUGAAAGCUCAGUUUCUUAAGUCAGAGUUCUACGGCAUGGAUGUUUCAAGAUCAUGGCUAAAACGCCUUCACGUGCUUAGGUUUCUGAGUGGAGGAUCUCAACACGGACCGAUACGUUGCCUUCCGUUCAGAACGACCUGGCGCGGCCACGUGAAUUCACAGUUGGUGCGUCCUGCUAGCUGUCGUCUUCCUAAAAACAAUGAUCUCAACAUUUCCUGAAUCAGACGCUGAUUGUUAUCUGCCGUUCUUUCUUAUGCGCUACCCAAUUUCAACACCCUCACCUGGUAAUAAGUGCAGCAGGUUUGAAUAUGGCGGUUUGUUACAGACGCCGCACCCUUCGAGAGACUAUGCGGGUCCUUGAAAUAUUUUUUUCUGAUGAUAUUUUCUUUCUUUUUGUGCACCUUAUAUAUGAGACAAAUCAAAAACUGGCAGGCUCACUGAACCAGUUAUCUACUUUCAUUCCUGCCUUUCGGUCACCCGAAUUACCCAUUUCCUCUUCGCUAUGAGAAGAGCGAUCAAGACGUUGUGAUUUUACUUGAGUGAAUGGGAGUUGUGAGCUUUUGCUAUAGGGGGCACUUAUUUCACUGGUAAGUAUGCCAUCCUUUCCGUGAAAUAUUGUGGAGCGCUUGUAUAUUCUGAACUGUCUCUUAAUCGCUAAACACGUUUAUAUAUUAUAGAAAAAAAUUAUUUUGCAUGGAGAUUCUCAUCUCACUCACAAGGUCUUGUUCCGCGUCGUCAUCUAUGUCCUCUUCUACGAAUGUAUAUUGAUGUAACCAAUGAAAAUCACGAGCGAUUGUUUGAAAGAUGUUAAGCAACAUUUGUGUACAAGCAAACAAGUUCUUUCUACAACGUCUGUGAACACUGCCUGUACUGGUGCAGUAAGAACCGGUGAUGUUUAAAAUUUUUAAGUAAAAUGAAUUUUACGUCACACAACUCGAAAUUGUCUUAUGUUUUACAGCGAGGCAUUG